AUGUCUGGUUUUCCCAAAGAUUACGUCUCAUUCAUGAUGCGUAUACUGAAGCAAAUGCAGCAUGAAUUCGCUGAAAUUCAACGUAUCGACAUCGAGUUCAAACUUCUUAGUGAAGAAGAGCAAGUCGCUAUCCCCGACGCGGCACAGUACGACUCGGGUUCCGAAGUGGAAGAAGUCACUGUGGGACAUAUUCAGGAGUUGCUUGAACAUGCCUUCCCGAACGGACUUAGUAUACCUGUCAUGGCUGAAGCGCUGAGGACCACGGAAGAUGAAGUGCUGCGGUAUCUUGGUGAACUAGAAGCUUUGGGAAUAGUAUGUCGUGUAGAAGAUGAAUGGCUCAGAGUAGACACGCGUAAUGUCGAUGCAGUUGCCCGAACUGUACAUGGCGUGCAAGAUCAGCCGACAGUUGCGAUCAUAACCUGUUUGUUCGUUGAAAAACAAGCCGUUGAUGCUUUGAUAGAGGAUCGGUCAAUUUUACACAAGUAUAAAUCUGGUGGUGAUUCAAAUGUCUACUCAAUGGGACGUAUUGGUCAUCAUCGUGUUGUGGCUACGAAACUUGCCUCUAUUGGAGAUUCUCGGGAAGCCACUACCAGCGCAGGCUCAAUCACUACUAGGUUGCUAGGAAAUUUCCAAAAUAUCGAGCAUGUGUUUGUGGUCGGUGUCGGUGGAGCAGUACCACAUUUCACAGAUGCCAAGCGCCACGCUCGUUUAGGUGACGUAAUUGUCAGCGCAAGUAAACCAGACGCCUAUAUCUAUUGCCAUGAUCUGAUUAUUGAUCGAAAGACGGAGAUGUUCUCAGGGUUUGCGGUGAGGAGAUGGAAUCCAACGGAUCAUGUGAUCAGCCAAAUCGUAGAAGAUGGAGACGAAGAACUCCUGACGAAAUGGAAUGAAAUGACGUCAGAAGCAGUGAAACGUCUUCACGACGCAGGUGGAGACUACGAUUUUUCGAUGCCAGCGGCUGACACGGAUGUCCUGGCGCUACCUGUGGGUGGCGGUAAUGUCGUAGUGGUGCCACAUCCCAACCAGGAAACCAGAAAAGGCCCAGAAGUUCACCUGGGGCCGAUUGGAGCACUGGCGAACUUUAAACGACACAUAGAAGAGAACGAAGAAGAGUCUAUUGGCGCACUUCGUGCCAAAUUCGGUGAAGAAUUCGAAGUGCGUGCCCUGGAUGCCGGCUUCGAUUCGGUCAUCGCAGCCAUUAGUGGAUCUUGUAUCAACUCUUGGACGUUGAUAAGAGGAAUCGCUGACUAUCAACAUGGUCUGAGUCGCGCCAGCAAGUUGUGGCAGGCCCAUGCAGCUGCCCGAGCUGCUGCAAUGCUGCGUGUUGUGGUGGAAAGACUGCCACCUCCGUGA